AACAAUUGCAGUUUGUAUGCUCUCGUGGUAGAGUGCUGUAAAUUACAGUUUAUUUGUUGAGUGUGCUUCAUUUCAAAGUUAUUCUGUAUUGUAAACACCAGUUCUGCAGAUUGUUUGUUAACAAGAUUUGAUGUAAAAUGGCAAAAAUAUUAUUGCUUUAAUCUGAAAAUGGACUUCUUUCUAAGAGCUGCACAGUGAGUUAAUUGUUGGCUAAUAAGGUUCAAGGCUCUCCAAGACUGAAGCUGUGAUACACACACACAAAAACUGCAAGGAGAAAGGGACACGAUGCAGAAUGUUUAUGUGACAAAUAGAAGAACAGAGCUGUGUUGUGGGGAACAUAGACGGAGACUAGAGCUGUUCUGCCAGAAAGAUGAGACCUUUAUUUGUGUCCUGUGUGUUCCCAGACAUUCCAACCACAAUUUUGUGUUCUUGCAUGAGACAACCAGUAUGUAUAAGGACAACUUGAAAACAGCAUUAACGUCUCUGGAAUCAAAAGUGAAAGAGCUUAAAUAUUUGCAAAACAAGCAGGAGGAAGAAGACACUGAUAUACAAGAUAUCUGGUUCGUGAUGAAGACAAGUGUAACUGUUCUGAACUCUUAAAAGGUUCAGAAUAUGCUGUUGCCAAAUCUGGUACAAUCUCAUAAGCUCUUCUUAAGGGAUAUUUUUUAACCUGUGAUCCGUUUGCAAGAUUUUGAUUUGUACGAGGCCUUUUCGUAAAACAAGCGUAUGAUCUGUUGGAAGAGAAAUCAAAUCAUGGCCCCAUUUACCAGAGUUAAUAGUAGCUUAGGCAGAUGCUAAAGAUCCUAGAGCAGUUGGCAAAAUUUCCCAUUGCCAUGGCCAAAUGUCUCCUAGCCACUAAAAAAAACAGAUUGGGACUCUAAUGAAAAUUUGAGUAUGUAAAAAUAAACUGUGAUCCACACAAGCUGUAGUGCAUUAUGACAAUACAUUAUGGUAUGUUGCUGGCAAAUCAUAUUUUACCCAUAUUCCUGCUAUAGUGUAUUACUGUUGUAUAGUGCCAUUUUUUUAAGAAGAAAUAUAUUGCAUUUUUGAAAUAAUGCAACUGUGUAUCCACGUUGCAUUAUGCUUGUAUAUCUUUGUAUCCAUGCUGCAUUAUGCUUGUAUAUCUGUGUAGCCACACUGCAUUAUGCUUGUAUAUCUGUGUAUCCACGUAGCAUUAUGCUUGUAUAUCUGUGUAGUCCACGUUGCAUUAUGCUUCUAUAUCUGUGUAUCCACGUUGCAUUAUGCUUGUAUAUCUUUGUAUCCAUGCUGCAUUAUGCUUGUAUAUCUGUGUAGCCACACUGCAUUAUGCUUGUAUAUCUGUGUAUCCACGUAGCAUUAUGCUUGUAUAUCUGUGUAGUCCACGUUGCAUUAUGCUUCUAUAUCUGUGUAUCCAUGUUGCAUUAUGCUUGUAUAUUGUGUAAUCCAUGCUGCAUUAUGCUUUUAUAUCUGUGUAUCCAUCCUGGGUUAUGCUUGUAUAUCUGUGUAUCCAUGCUGCAUUAUGCUUGUAUAUCUGUAUAUCCACGUAGCAUUAUGCUUGUAUAUCUGUGCAGUCCACGUUGCAUUAUGCUUCUAUAUUUGUGUAUCCAUGUUGCAUUAUGCUUGUAUAUUGUGUAAUCCAUGCUGCAUUAUGCUUUUAUAUCUGUGUAUCGAUCCUGCAUUAUGCUUGAAUAUCUGUGUAUCCACGCUGCAUUAUGCUUGUAUAUCUGUGUAAUCCACUUUGCAUUAUGCUUGUAUAUCUGUGUAUCCACGUUGCAUUAUGCUUGUAUUUCUGUGUAUCCACGUUGCAUUAUUCUUGUAUAUUGUGUAAGCCACACUGCAUUAUGCUUGUAUAUUGUGUAAGCCACACUGCAUUAUGCUUGUAUAUGUGUAUAUCCACACUGCAUUAUGCUUGUAUAUCUGUGUAUCCACGCUGCAUUAUGCUUGU